AUGAUAUCGUCAAGGGGAGUGUGCCGCAGUCAUAUGUUCGAAGACAAAGACGUGCCCCUCGAAACAGUUGCGGCGUUUGGGACCGUAGUCCGUCAGGCUCUACGAAUCCUAGAGAAAGUUCCCGCUAUCCUGCAACCGCAUGACCGCGACCGCUGGCAACAUGCCGAUGUCAGGGGUGUCCUGGCGGGCCCCAACGGUCAUGUUUCGGGCGUGAUGGGGUUGGUGGGUAGGGAGGAUGUGCUUUGGUCGAGGAAGUGCACAGGGUUCGCUACCCCUAGUUAUGGUAGAACGGGCGUCCCGCGUUGCACACACUGCAAAGACUUCUACCGCCGGGGUAUGACUCCGAGGACGGCUCACGCGGCAAAGCAUACUCCGGCCAAGAAGACCAGGGUCAGCGAGAUGAGCACUGCCCAAAAGGACCAGGUGAGGUGGAACACCAAGGAAGGGAAAGAGAGAGGGUUCAGGUACCACCCGCAAACUCUCAGAAUCGCCCUCUACCUGCACGGCAUGGCUGGAACGGCGGCCUACAACCUCGUUCGACAGUACGUCCAUCUCCCGAGCCCGACAUUCCGAUAA